AUGAUCACAACGUCUCUGGGGGCCCAGGCUAUAUUGCUGGGCACAGGGAAGAAAGGCACCGACCAGAACCAGAGCCAGGACCAGGACGUUGUGCCCCCAGUAUCACAAUCAGUAACUAAUUUCAACUUCUUAACAAGACCCUCCCAUUCCUCCCCCUGCAAGGUGACGUGUCGCCCCAUCGUCCACGCUGCCCUUCAUUCAUCGCAGUUUCUCUGCAGCAGGCGUGACGUCUUCUUUGGUCAAACGGACGUGUCAGUCGCUCUCGCAGACAGACACAAAGGAUGGUAACUUUCUAUGAUGGCACCUAACACAAAAGGACCCUCGUUUGCCUGGCUGGACCCUUCCACACUAUACUGCAACUCCCAGGUUUGGGCGGGGUGUCUUGCAAACUGUCAAAGUCCUUUUAACAGAAAACACUAUUGACUGGUUGCUGGGAUAAAUGCAAUGGGAUUCAUUCUUGGUAUGAAAAGCACACCGAUGCACUUGAAGAAGGAAAGUACAUUGAUCUUGCUCAUGCUAUUAUCAUUUUCAGUUUGCACUGCAGGUAAGCGACCAAAGUUACUUUGGAUGACUGUUUCUGAAAAAGGAUUUUCAGGUGAGUCUGUUGCUGCAGCCCCUCGGAAAAGCGUCCAUAACAAGUGGCUCACUAACCCAAACCAGAAGUACACAGACUACACAGGCAGAAACAACACUGUGGAAGUAAGACUGGGUGUGCUAACACCAGGUUAUGGAUCUUUUUACCAUUCAACCAUGUCAGUUAUUUCUCUUGAGGAAAUUAAUGUUUUCCGGCCGGUAAUUUUUGGACACCAGACGGUUGUUACAGAAACAUCUUAAUGUACAUAUUUUUUUAAAGUUUAACUUCACAAGGGUAUAAGUUAGUUUAAACCUGUGCUAUGUUGUUUUUGUAAGUAUUCAGUCUUGUAAUGGGAUCAUUUCUGCCCUGCCACCAAAUUUCUGGAAUUUAAGAGCAGUAUUAGGCGUGGUAAGAAUGGGAGAAAGCUUGAAUGUAAGGCAGAGCUGUAUUUCUGUUUAAAACUUAGAUAUAAGCAGAAUUUAAACACAUUGAUUUCAAGAUAAACUUGACAAAUUUUCAUAAUCAAGCAAUUUAUUUGUCGACUUAUUUUUAUUUUACAAUGUAUAAUUUACAAUGUAUAAAUGAUUUUCUUUAAAUACUAUAUUUGGUGGUUGACAUGUUUGUCCUUUCUGCAGGAAAAUGUUUGUAUUGUAUUUGAUUUGUAGUUAACUUGCAUUUCCAUUUAAUGUAUAAAGUAUUCUUCUAAUCCUAACUAAAUAACUGU